AUGAUGGGGAUCUUUUUGGCGUAUGUUGGAUUUGUUUUCUUUUCCGUUUUAUAUGUACAACAAGGGCUCUCUUCUCAAGCAAAAUUCACCGAGUUUCCGCGGAACGUGACAGCGACCGAGGGGCAGAAUGUGGAGAUGUCCUGCGCUUUCCAGAGUGGCUCUGCCUCGGUGUACCUGGAGAUCCAGUGGUGGUUUCUGCGGGGGCCCGAGGACCUGGAGCCCGGGGCCGAGGUGGCUGGUGCGCAGGUGGAGCUGGUGCCCGACCGAGACCCGGACAACGACGGGACUAAGAUCAGCACAGUGAAAGUCCAAGGCAAUGACAUCUCUCACAAGCUUCAGAUUUCCAAAGUGAGGAAAAAGGAUGAAGGCUUGUACGAAUGCAGGGUGACGGACGCUAAUUACGGAGAGCUGCAGGAACACAAAGCCCAGGCCUACUUGAAAGUCAAUGCCAACAGCCAUGCUAGGAGGAUGCAGGCCUUCGAAGCCUCGCCCAUGUGGCUGCAGGAUAUGAAGCCUCGCAAGAAUGUCUCAGUGGCCAUUCCCAGCAGCAUCCACAGCUCUGGCAACCAGCGAAUGCACUCCACCUCCAGCCCUCAAGCGGUAGCCAAAAUGCCCAAACAAAGUCCACAAUCAGGUGCAAGGAUGAUAGCUACAAGCCAUGGACUUUCUGUCCUGCUUCUUGUUUGUGGCUUUGUGAAGGGUGCUUUGCUUUAAUCUAAAGUGCUGACUUUUUUCCAAUAUCACUUUCUCUUCUUAAAGCAAAGAGCAAAUCGCCUGUAAAAUCUACGGAGCGGACAGCAAAGUUGACCCUAAACUCCAAGCACCAUUCUGCACCCACUGUUC